AUGUUUGCUAUGACUGCGAGGCUGGCGUUCAUCGCUCGUGGAUUUGCAAGCACUGCUAAAGAUAUUCCUAAUUUAGUCAAACAAAACAAAGUUGUGGUAUUUAUGAAAGGCGUACCUGAAGAACCUAGAUGUGGAUUCAGUAAUGCUGUUGUGCAAAUAUUCCGUAUGCAUGGUGUUAAAUAUGAUGCACACGACGUACUUGCUAGCGACGAACUCAGACAAGGUAUCAAAGACUUUUCAAAUUGGCCGACAAUACCACAAGUUUUCAUAAAUGGAGAAUUUGUUGGGGGGUGUGACAUAUUACUCCAGAUGCAUCAAAGUGGUGAAUUAAUAAAAGAGUUAGAAAAAGCUGGUCUAACAAGUGCUCUUUCAAGUACAGAUAAUGCAGGCGAUUCUUCAAAGAAAUAA